GUGAAGUCUCAUCUCCCUUGAGCCCGGAGCUGCAAGCUUUUCAGAGCCUCUCUGCUCGCCAUGAACCGACAGCCAGAGCCCCAAGCUGCGCGAACGGUGCGCUCCUCGUCCCUCCCGGUGUCACCGACUUCGCCCAUGUCUCAGUAUGCUUCCCGCUCAGACUCUAAGGGAGCUCUGGACAGUAGCAGCCCAGAAGUCAAUACAGAAGAUGACAAGACCGAGGAGGACAUGCCUGCGCCCAGUAACUAUCUGUGGCUCUCCAUUGUUUCAUGUUUCUGCCCAGCGUACCCGAUCAACAUCGUGGCCUUAGUCUUCUCUAUCAUGGCUCAGAACAGCUACAAUGACGGAGACUAUGAAGGAGCCAGGAGGCUGGGGCGGAAUGCCAAGUGGGUGGCUGUGGCUUCCAUCAUCAUCGGCCUGGUCAUCAUUGGCGUUUCCUGUGCGGUGCACUUCUCCAGGAACCACUGAGGAAACUGCUCUCAGCUGGCAAGCAUGGUGGACGGUCCUCAUCUGCACACACCCCAAAGAAGUUUCCGAGGAAUGGAUCCUUGAUUUUAGACUGUGAGAUCUUUUCCUCCAGGACUCUCCAGAGGCGGGUCCCUGGCCAAUGAACACCCACUAGUCCGGAAGGCAGGAGCUCACGGUGCAGACCCACCCACCGAAGCCAUUGGUGGAUGGGAAAAAAAGAAAAUGGCGUCUCCAUGUCUCAGCUCAGCAAACUCUUUGCAUCCAUUCCUCCACUUCAGGGAUGAACUCCAGAAACCUCGCUGCUUUUCACUGGGAGGUCUGGAUUUGGGGACAGCGAGGGGAGCAGGUGGUUUUUAGGGAGAGCUGUGAAUGCUGGUGUUUACAAAAUUGAGUACAAAUGCUGUAGCAUGCUUAAAGUUCUCUAGUA